AUUUUCAUUUUUUCAUUUUUCUCGCAUAGGUGGUUUUUUGGGUGGAUUAUUAGUUUUUUGCACCGAAAAUAGCCGUCAUGGCUUUCAAUCACAAACACUUCAUAUUUUUAUUACUAAUAAUAAUCGUAAGUUCCGCAAUAGCUCAAUUAUCUGAGGAUCCAUACAAAGUUUUGGGCCUAAAUAGACAUGCCACAAAUCAGGAGAUACGAAAGGCCUAUAAACAACUGGCCAAAGAAUGGCACCCAGAUAAAAAUAGUCAUCCAGAUGCUGAAUUAAAAUUUGUGCAAAUCAAGAAGGCCUACGAAUUGCUGAGUGACUCAGAUCGACGACGACUGUAUGACCAGCACGGUGUCACCCACGAAGAUUCACAUAUGUACAAGCAGAAGCAUGAUUACAGCAACUAUGGUCGCUUUGCCACCGACCCCCUUGAGGAGUUCUUCGGCAAGCAGUUCCAUUUCGACCACGACAUUAGCAUAUACCACAAAUUGUCGGUGACGACCAACUACUAUGAGCAGACUAUUCUGGAAAAGAGUCGAAGUAUGCCAUACUUGAUAAUGUUCUACAAUGAUUGGUGUUUCCGUUGCACCCGUCUGGUGGGAGCCUUUAAGAAGUUGAUUGAUAUUUUGGAGCCUUUGGGAGUGCAGUUUGCCAGCGUCAAUGCGGCCCAUGAACAACGGUUGUUUCGCACGGCAGGGCUCAACGAUUUGCCUGGCCUAAUUUUGGUGUUGAAUGGGCACAAUUAUGUGUAUCGCGAGAAUACUCUCAGUGCCCAAAAGGUAGUCGAGUUUAUACGCAAAAAGUUACCCUAUCGGAUGGUGACAAGCGUCGAUGACAGCAAUAUUGAUGACUUCUUGAAUGGCUGGAUGGAUAAUAAGGUCAGGGCUCUGAUUUUAGAGCCCCGCAAUCAGACACGACUACGUUAUUUGUUGUCUGCCUUCCAGUUUCGAAAUCGUGUGCAAUUUGGCGUGGUGCAUUUAGAAAAGUCCAACUGCAAGGACAUAAAAGAACGUUUCCAAAUUCAUCCGAAUUUGGAUACAUUGCUGAUAUUCAAUGAAUUUGUGGAGCGACCAGUGGCCAGUGUAUCUAUGGCUGAUAUACCCACACAAACCUUGAAUAGCAUCAUAGCAUCGAAUCAGUAUUUAAUGCUCCCCCGUUUGUCGUCACAAGAAAUUCUUGAGGGAAUAUGUCCAGCCGAAUGGAAUCGCCCUCGGAAACGUCUGUGUGUUGUGCUGAUAACGGAAAAUUCAGAAGAGCACAAUUUCGCUCGUGGAGCUUUACGCAACAUUGCCCUACAAAGUGCUUAUAGCAUGGAGAAGGUACGUUUCGCCUAUAUCUACAAGGAGAAACAACUGGACUUUAUCAAUGCCAUUUCACAAGGUUCGGAAAAUGAAAAACUUCUACGAAUUGUGGUAUUGUGGCGUCGCGAUACAUCGCACAUCAAAUACGAAUGGGUACAUGAUGCCAGUUUAGAUCUCAAGGACCAUCCUUCUUCGGAUCAUUUGAUAAAUCAUACCAAGCAGCAAAUAGACCACACAAUACAGAAACUUCUCAAAACAUCGGAAGCCCUGAGUUAUGAAGCCUUUGUCAAGAAUCUGUUGGAUGAACAUGCCCAAGGUUUUAUUCACAACUGUAUUAAUAAAGUGUUUGGCGUUUACGACUAUUUGGUGGACACCAUCGAGGAACAACAUGUCUUGGCUGCACUCUCCCUGCUGGGCACCAUUGCAUUUAUGUUUGCCGUAGGCUAUGUUAUGGUCUACUUUGUACGAGCCGAAGAAGAAAAUCUCAAGGCCAAAGGAGAACUUUCUCCAAAUGGCGGUGCCAAGACAAAUCGUCAACAACCUGAAUUAAGACUGCAUGAAUUGAGGGCAGAGAAAUACAAUGGCCUAAUAAGACUACUCAAGCCAGGUUGCAGGACCAUCAUCUUAAUAACAGAUCUGCAAUCGCGUCCAAAAUUAAUUCCUCCUUUCCACAAGGCCGUGUGGCCAUAUCGCAAAAAUAAAACACUUAUGUUCGGUCAUAUGCUCAUCGACAAAGGGCUUUCGUGGUAUUCGGAGUUGUUGCGUCAGGGUUUGGGCGAUACGAAAACCUUAAAUAUCAAUCCCAGAAAUUGUGUUGGUACUGUGCUGGCCCUAAACGGACAUCGUAAAUAUUUCUGCAUGUAUCAUGCCAAACACCCAGAGACGUCGAGGGGUGUUAAGCGAAUGGAAAAAAUAACACGACAAUUGGUGCGUCGUCCCGAUGAUCCUGAAGUGGGGGCCUUCUUUAACGAUGCCAAUUCUGAUGAUUCGGAAGAUAAUGAGCCCAGGGUGCUUUUAGAGGGUAAUCUUUUGGACGGCCUUAGUAAUUGGUUGGAUCGCCUUUUCGAAGGUAGCACUCACCGGUAUUAUAUCAAUUAUUGGCCGGAAUUUCCCACAAAAUAAAAAGCUUUAAAGUGGUCGAGUGGACAACAUUCAGAAGCCACAUAGCCUGCCAAAAAUCAAACCACAUUCAAUACCAUCCAAUCAAAGGGGGCGAAUGGUGUUGGUUGGAGCAAAAAAAGAAAAAAAGGAAUACUCAUUAUUGCGUAUUUUCCAAAUAGCUAAUUUACCAAAUAGAAAAAAUACUAUUUAAUAAUA